AUGGCUAGUGCUGCAUCAUUCUCCAACUGCGAUAGCAGUGCUCCAGUACAGAUCAUGCUAAAAAGCCUUCCAGACCCUGUACGACUUGUCUCCGGUGGAAAAAUCCCACUCAGUGGCACACUUCUUGUCAAAAAGCUUCUGCCCACUAAACUCAAGCUCAAAGUGAAGGUCGAAAAGAAAAUCUUGUGGGGUUACAUCAGUCUGCCCUGCAUUUCAAACGUCGGAAGCUGCGAAUACAUUCUUGAUUGCUCCACAUUGUUGGGACAAUGCCCCACCUGCAGAUGCCCAGUUCCAGCUGGAACACACCCAGUGGACCAGAGCGUAACUGUGCCACCAAUCAGUAUCCCAUCAUUUCUGACCAAUGGAGAUUACAAAGUAACUUUUGAUGCAAGGGAUGCAAGCAACAACCAAAGAAUUAGUUGUGGACAACUGAAGCUCAGAAUAUCUUCAUAA